UGUGACAUUUCAUUUACUCAAUCGUUAAAAUAAUAAAAAAUUGCUUGUUGUUGAUGUUGUGUUUGUGGUGGAAUAACCUUAAAAAAUUCUUAAAAAUUGCUCAAGACUGGUAGUCUCAAUAAAUAUGUGUUCUUCAGAACAUGGUGACGAUUGGGAUCUACCGUGCUCCGAUGACGAGCUUUCCAAAUCUGGAGUUUUUAUUGGCAAAAGUUGGAUGCCCGACCCGAAUGAAUUGGAAGAGCUUUACAAAAACAUCGACAAAAGCGGGACUCUGAAUCUUGAAUGGAAGUGUCCAGGGAGAAGGGCUCCUUCUCCCGUCCCUGUAAGCAAAGAAAACCAACCAGAAAUGCCGGUGUCUCCAAUUAGAGAAGAAAAAUCAGACUUCGAUUUCAUGGAUGAAGUAAGCUCUUUGCGCUUGCGGGUGCGGAGGGACGGGGAAGACACACUACGAGGGUCAGCUAAGAAGAAGACUACGUCAUUUGAUGGUAUCCUAUCGAACAUGAUCAGACAUAAACGCAUUGAACAAAUGGAGAAGCAAGCUAACACUCCCUCAAGUACUUCCUGAUGUUUUUUGAUUAUUCGAUCAGAUCCAUUUGAGGAUGCCUCGUAAAAACUGCCUUGCUAAUGCGUUUAGCAAGUGAUGUGCAUUUGGACUCAAAAUUGAAGUUAAUCUUUGAUGAGUUUCUGAAUUAGUGAGUGAUGCUGAAUCACACAUAAAUAUUGAAUACUUAAAAUUGGAUAAAUAUGUUAAAAUUAAGUAAUAAGUACAGCUUGUAAAUAGGGUUGAAUUAAAUGUUGAGAUAUGUAGGUACUCCAACAUUGAGAAGACAGUAAAAUAACAAUUUCAUAAAAUGUA